UGACCUGCAAAAAUGCCUGCGCUGGAUAGCUUUGUGUCGCCGUCCACAUUCCCAUCUCAACGUGGAAAAAAUAACUAAGCAUACAUAUAUUUGUUCAAAGCAUUUCAUAUCUCUCAGUGGACCUAAUGAAGAAUAUCCUGAUCCAAAUGAUGCUUUAAGUGGGGAAUUUAGAAAAUCACGCCGCCACGUAUCAUAUGCCCAGAACAACACAUUAUCACAUGAUAUUACAGACUCAUCACCACCAGAAGGUUCUUCUCACAGUUGUGAUUCUGCAAGCCAGACUGAAGAACAGAUCUAUUCUGAGUUGGAUGUGUUCUCCAUGGUUGCAAGAAUCAGGCAGCUGAAAGAGGAAAACAAUAAAUUGAUCAGAGACUUUGCCAAGAGGGAACUUCUAAAUAUUAAUAAGUGCGAUAAACAGUGUCAGACUGAGGAAUUUAAACAGAGAGGUGGAUUUGAAAUUGAAGAAGUUGUUGAGUCAAAUAUUAAAAAUUUGUUUAAGUUUUAUACAGGCUUAACAUAUGCCAGAUUUCUGAUGUUACUAUCAUUCCUCUUUCCCAGUGAUUGUGCAAAUCCAAUUUCAUAUCCACAGAAAAGAAAGGAAACUAAUGUAAAAAAAUUCCCCUUAUCACAACAAGUUUUUAUGUACCUGUGUCGACUCAGAACGGGGUUACAUGUUAAAGACCUGGCCUUCAGAUUUAAUGUGAAAGUGCCAACAGUGUCAACAGUUCUCAUCGGUGUUGCAAAAUAUAUGUAUGUCAGGUUAGGCUCCCUUAGCUAUUGGCCACAUAGAAAUGUAAUUAUAGAAAACAUGCCUGAGAAUUACAAAGCUGAUUUUCCGACUUGUUUAGCAAUCCUUGAUUGUACAGAGCUUAAAUGUGAAAAACCAUCUUCCUUACAAGUACAGAGUCAGUGCUUUUCAGACUAUAAAUCAUCCAAUACCUUGAAGUCAUUAGUUGUUUGUGAUCCUAGAGGAUCAGUUAUGUUUGUUUCAGAUUUGUUUUCUGGGUCAAUUUCAGACAAUGAAAUUUGUGAACAAAGUGGGUUCUAUGAUUUUGUACCUGAUUUGAAAGAACGGGGCUUCAUUGUUGCUGGAGAUGCACUAAUGGCAGAUAAGGGGUUUAGGAUUGAAGGCAUUCUGUCAGAAUUUGAUAUUAAUCUGAAUAUACCUCCAUUUGCUUCAAGUGGAAAACCAUUAAGUGAAUCAGAAGUAAAUAUGACUAAAAAAAUUGCAGCACAUAGGAUUCAUGUUGAACGGGCAAUUAAUAAAAUAAAAUGUUUUAAGUUACUGAGAAGAAAAAUUCCAGUUAGCUUGUUUCACUGCAUUAAUGAAAAUUGGUUUGUUGCUGCAAUCUUAACUAAUUUUCAAGAUACUUUGGUAAAAUUAUAACUUUUGUACCAUAUAUUACAAUUUGGACAAACAAUUUCAUCAUCAGGGGAAAUAUGGAGUGGUAACAUAUAUACCAGAUUUAGAAACUGAUGUGGAAAUUGUGUAAAAAAAAAACCCAUUAUAAAUGAUCGAGAUAUAUGGAUGACUAUGAUUGAUUGUUCAUCUGGU